CCGUCGGCCUGCUUGUUCACGUUCUCGCCGCAUCCCGCCGUUUCCAAACAGUCACUCGCUAAACGAACACCUCAACGUCCACCAUGCGCAACUUUGCUAGCAUCCUCGCCUUUGUCGCUGCUGUCUCGGCUCUCACGAUCAAUGUCCCGGACGACCCUACGUCCAGCGGCGAGGUCACCAUUACUUGGGACGCAAGCUCCGACGACAAUACGUUCAGCUUGUACUUGACGAACGAGGCGUUCCACAACACCUUCGCCAUCGCCAACAACGUCGACCCGUCCUGGGGCGAGAUCACGCUCCAGCUCCCCGUCGUCCCCGUCGGCGACGGCUACACCAUCAUCGCCACCAACAUCGGCAACAUUGACGACGUCUAUGCGAGCAGCGCGGGCUUCGCCGUCGCCCCUGCGACCUCGACCUCCGCGUCCUCGCAGGCCUCCACCACCAGCGGCGUCUCGAGCGGCGUGUCCACGGGUAUCACGGUGACCACCUUCCCGUCGACGACGUCCAGCUUCGGCCACACCGCGUCGAGCUCGGGCUCGGCCUCCUCAUCCGGCUCGCGCUCGGCGACCGCCUCGUCCUCUGGCUCGUCCGCGAGCUCAACGCAAUUCAACGGCGACGACAACGCUGCCGCGGGCCUCCGCACGCCCGCGACCGGCAUCGUCGCCGCGGUCUUCGCUGCCGUGGCUGCGCUCCCCUUCCUCUAAGGGACUCACCGCCCUUCGUGCGAGGGAGCGGCGUCUCUCCCGCGCGAAGCCCUUACAUCGUCAUGGACUGUGACUGGCUGUAAUGGACUUCUGAUGGGGUUAGCAUACAUGAGGAACAUGUGUUGGCCCGCAUAGCGACAUUUGCGACACUAGCAAUCUUGCCUUCGUGCACUAGCGACCUUGCUUUCGUGCACUGGCAAUCCUUGCGGAUGCCUAUUUGCGUGCGACUUGUGACUUUGGACUUUACCUCUUUAUCUCCCUUUUUUUCCAGAGCUGCAUAUGUACCUACAUCUUCUCUGGGUUUCAUUUUACGAUAUGACGGACUGGCGAUACAUUUACGCAUUUGAGUAAUUCCAGUGCAAUGCGGUUUCUUUGCGGGUGGUGUGGGUGGACUGGCGCAAGGUGUGGGACGACUGGUGAGAGGUGCGAGCCAAAUGGUGAAAGGUGUGGGAGAAGAUCUUAUUGGCUGCCCGCGCGCAAGUAGCA